CUUUGCGCAGACUGACGGACUGUGAGUGCAGGGCUCACGAGUAGACUGGGAUGUACUGGCCGACCCAAGGUGUGAUGGACCGAGGAGGUCCGCAGCAGGGGCUGCAGGUUCUACAUGGGGAUGGAGUUCUAAUGUUCCAGCAGAUACAGCGCCAAGGUCCCCGUCAUUCUGUGUGAGUGCUGCUGCCAGAUGGCUGUGCCCAAGAGUUCCCUGAGCCCACAGCCCUGGGAACAGGACAGCUUCCUCCAAGUGAAGGUGGAAGAGGAGGAAACCAACCUCGAUGCCACCACCUGUGUGGAGGCUGCGCGCCUGCGCUUCCGGCACUUCCGCUACGAGCAUGCAGCUAGUCCACAGGACGCUCUGGCCCAGCUCCACGAUCUGUGCUGCCAAUGGCUGCAGCCCGAACUGCACUCCAAGGAGCAGAUGCUGGAGCUGCUGGUGUUGGAGCAGUUCCUGGGUGCGCUGCCCCCCGAGAUCCAGACCUGGGUGGGGGCACAGUGCCCCAAGAGCGGAGAGGAGGCUGCUGUGCUGGUGGAGGAUCUGACGCACAUGCUGGACAGGAGAGGAGUUAAGCCCACAGAGGCGAGCUGCAAACAAGGAGAUGUGGAGGAGACAGAACCCUCGGGCAUGAUCACUGAAGCCCUCGCAGGCAGUAUUUCCGCGGGACCUUCCCUUGUUGAGGCCUGUGAACCCGAGGCCAGCUCAGCGAGUCAGGCAGGACUCUCAUGUGAGAUCUGGACAAGGUCUGUCACUCACGAGAGCAACGACAGGAAAGCAGCAAGGCCCUGCAAGGACACCUCAACACACUGGAUGGACUACGAACCUGGCACCUCAGGAAACACCUCCAACACAUGGUCAAGUGUCAGCCACCAAGAGAAAGCUGCUGCUGCAGGGGAGAGAUUGCGUCCACCGAAGGGUUGUGGGGUACAGCCUCCAGUCACACACUCGGGGAGGACACCCUGGCGGUGCGGCAGGUGCAGGAAGACGUUGUGGAGUGCUUCAGCCCUCGAGGCACACGAGAAGAGCCACCCCCAGAAGACACCCUAUGCCUGCAGGGAGUGCGGGAAGGCCUUCAGCCGCCGCACUCACUUGGCCCAGCACCGUGUUGUCCACACCGGAGCCAAGCCCCAUGAAUGCAAGGACUGCGGCAAGGCCUUCAGCCGUGUCACUCACUUGACUCAGCACCGAAGGAUCCACACAGGAGAGAAGCCCUACAAAUGUGGGGAAUGUGGCAAAAACUUCAGCCGCAGCACCCAUCUCACCCAGCACCAGCGGGUGCACACAGGGGAGCGGCCCUAUGAGUGUGAUGAGUGUGGCAAAACCUUCAGCCAGAGCACCCACCUGACCCAGCACCAGCGCAUCCACACUGGAGAGAAGCCCUACAAAUGUGACGCUUGUGGGAGAGCCUUCAGCAACUGCUCCGCUCUCAUUCGACACCUGAGAAUACACUCUGGGGAGAAGCCAUAUCAGUGUCAGAUUUGUCCAAAGGCCUUCACGCAGAGCUCCUCUCUCAUCGAGCACCAGAGGAUCCACACAGGAGAGAAGCCUUACAAGUGCAGUGACUGCGGGAAGGCCUUCAGCCGCAGCUCGGCCCUCAUGGCGCACCUCAAGAUCCACAUCACAGUGCUGCCGUGAUUGCAAGGGGCCCUGAGAGACACGCUGAGCUCCGGGAGUGCCAAGAACUGGGUAGACAACUGAUGGUGUCCCACGAGGUAUGGUGCUCUUGGACCUAGAUGGGGCCCCCAGUGAGCAGCUGGGGGUGCUUCUGGGAGAAUCCCCGCAGACCUGUCAGGCCCAACUCAGGGAGAAGAGCCAAGCUGCAGAUCUGGACAGGUUCUCAGGGCCAGGGCUUGAGAGGAAGUGUGUGUGAGGACUCCGCGAGCCCGCGAUGCUCAGCACAAACCUCCUGUUUGCAGGCUGCUCUGCCCCCAGGUUGAGUCACUGUGAGGCAGGAAGCUCUUCCAUGUGUCGCCUUCCUGAAUUGGGUCCCCAGCAUCCUCUCCAGUUGUCCUCAAAGGCGUACCUGAAUGUUAGCGUUUUCCUGUGUGUGCAGUGAUGUUGCCUCACCUCCUGCCACAGCCAUGCCUUCCAUGUACCAGCCACAUGAAGCAAUGUGUGAGUCCUGAAAAAAGCCAUACUUUCCCCACCCAAGUGCCUUUGUACCUGUGCCUGGAACCUUCCUCUUUUUCCUCUAUUUUAAAGGCUCCUCCCCAAAAAUAGUCUUCCCUACCUCCUUGAGCAAACUUCAGCCUCUCAUCUCACCCUGCUUCUAGAGUGCCUCACAUACAUGCCCCUUGCACUUCUACAGUGUUGUUUUACACAGUGUCCUUGCCGAGUGACUGCCAUGAGCUCCUGGGUGUCGUCGCUGACCUAGCUCUCGCUGUCGACAACAGUCGGCAUAACCCGUGUGACCGGGGCCUCCCCUAAAGUGGUCACCGUGCUGCACCCACAUUAUCUUUGUAUACGUUGACAUGGCUGUUUUCAUUCGGACGUGAACUCUGCAAGGCAAGAGUCCCAGUGCCAGACAAGCCUGGUGUGCGUACAGUGGCCUGAAUAAAGGUGUACUGUGUCAAGCAUCCCCUUCCAGGGUCCCUGGAACCACAGAUGCCUGUACUCUGUCAACUGAUGGUGUCCCACAAGGUAUGGUGCUCUAGAUCCUAGACGGGGGCAGUGAGCAGUUGGAGGGGCUUCCGGAGAAUCCUCGCAGACCCUUGGCCUCCUCUCAAAAUGACACCUGCCUGGGCCCUGCAGGGUCUGUGUGUGCUGCUGGAUGCUGCAGCCUGCGUGUCAGUUCUCACAUCUUGGGUGCUUUGAUGAUUCUGUCACAUGGGGGCCACUGACCCUGCUGUGUUUAUUCUGUGCUGGUCACCAUCGCCAUCUUCUCCCUGUGUAUCCCUCUGUGUUUUGGACUCACUGCCUCUGUGUCACAAGUGAGCAGAGCUGUGGAGGCUGAGGAGAAAGCUUCGGAAUGGGGAGGUGAGGCCGAGUACAGAUCCAUCCCUGCACUGGAUGGCAGUCUGAGGACCCAGGAGAAGGGGCAAACUUGAGAG